CAACUUACCUAUCUACCUAAGUAUACCUAAGUUUAUGUCCACUAGGUAUAUAUAAGAGCAGAUCGUACCCCCCGCCAUUCUCAAUCAUUUCUUUCCAUCGCAUAGUCAGCCGAUCGACGGACGUUUACACAUAUCCUCCCAAUCACCAUCACCAAUACAUCAUCCCCACUGUCAUCAACUAUUACUUUGCGCGACGUGAAGCACAUUACCAAACAUCUCACCAACGCAAUGACGCGUGUCAACUGCCACCCCAGGGGUAACCACAACCACGUGAUUGUUGGCGAGCUUACAAUUAAAGAUCAACAACUGAGCAUAUUAUCACAAACCAUUGGUCAACCGCAGAAAACUCCCCCGUUUACAUGCCAUCCUAGUGACGCCCUUUCAGCUCUAGAAGUACUGGAGGCGGCAAGAGAAGGCCCCGAAACAAUGUCCGACCCGAGACUCGCGCAAGUACUUAACGACGCCUUCCUUGAUGUAUGGGGAAAGAUAAUGGAUCAUCCGAGCGGUUAUGUAAUGACGAGGGAUGAGUUCGCGAUAUUCAACUUCUUUCAAUACUUACGGCUAGAUGAGGCGGGCACCGAGAUAGCCAGGAAGGCCAGGGCGAAUUAUUGGAGUAGCUCAUGGGGUCCGCCACAAAAGUAAUUUUCAAUUCCGGCAUUAGCAUUACAAGACACAGGUCUAUGAU